CGGAGUUUCUCAACUGUUGCGGUUGAUGAACUCUGGGCCGGCAGCUGUUAUGCAGCAAAAUUCGUAGAUCAGUACAGAUCAGUACCUAGGUUGCUGUAGAUUUAUUUAUUGAUUUACUGUUAACAUUAUAAUUACGCUAGCUGCAAAUGUUUAACUAGACAUCGGCCACCCUCUUAAGCAUCAGAAUGGCCGCUGACAACGUUGCGGACGGCAAAUCAAAGCUCGAAUUCGACGUCAACAUGACGUGCGGUGGUUGUGAGGACAAGGUACGCGAGUCCCUGCAGAAGAUCGGCGUUCAAAACAUGGUCAUCGACGUGGAGAAACAGAGCGUAGUGGUGGAGACCGACGUUCCAUUCACCAAAGUCCAGGAAGCCAUCAGAAGCACCGGAAGGGUGGCUGUGCUGAAAGGGUACGGCCCCUCUGCAGCAAAAGGUGUCGCUGCUGCCGUGUCCGAGAUCUUUGGCCAGUCUGGAAUCAUGGGAGUGGUGCGCUUCACUCAAGGCGCCGACGGAGCAUGCAUCGUUGACGGAGUAAUUGACGGCCUCAAGCAAGGGCGGACGCACCGGCUACGCAUCCACGAACUGGGCGAUCUCUCCGAUGGCUGCCAAAGUACCGGUGACGUUUACGACCCACAUCCCGUCGCAUCAGAUGGCAAGGGGCCUAGGAGAUACGGUAGUCUCGGUGAAAUAGAUGUUGACGACAAUGGACGGAGCGUCUUUCGAAGAACCAAUGACAUUGUGAAGGUGUGGGACAUCAUUGGCAGGUCCUUGGUUGUCUGUUCAGAAUCCUCCAACAAGCACCGAAGUGGAGACGAAAGCUGCUUUCGACUCGCCUGCGGCAUCAUUGCAAGAGCCUCUGGCAUCGCCCAAAACCCAAAGAGAAUCUGCGCCUGCGACGGAGUCAGCGUCUGGGAUGAACAAAACCCACCAAAUGUUAAGAAAAACGAAAGCUGAGCAAGCUUGCAGGAACAGCGAUUCCGCUGUGUGCCACUUUUCCUCACUGACUUCGCACUUGCACAUGUUGAACCGGGUUUCGUUGCAGAGUCGGUGUGCACAUUCCACUUUCAGCGUCACUGCAGUCAACACGACUAUAGUUACCAUCCUUGAAAGCAUGUUGACGGUAGCCGGCAAGCAGUUUGUGACAUUGUGCGGUUUACAGCCAACUCUCAAUAUGCAAAAUUCGAGUGUAACAAGUAUUUCGUACAGUUUUGUAAUGAGAAUGC